AUGGACACCGUGUUGGAAUCCCAGCCCCAAUCCCAGCAGAGGAGCAGCCACAAUGGCCAAGAGACCAGCCUGUGGUCCUCAGGUUUUGGGAUGAAAUUGGAGGCUGUUACCCCAUUCUUAGGGAAGUAUCGUCCUUUUGUGGGUCUCUGUUGUCAGACCUGUACGCCCAAGAGCUGGGAGUCCCUCUUCCACAGAAGCAUUACAGAUCUGGGCUUUUGCAACGUGAUCCUGGUAAAGGAGGAAAAUACCAGGUUUCGAGGCUGGCUGGUUCGCAGGCUUUGCUAUUUUCUGUGGUCCCUGGAGCAGCACAUAACCCCCUGCCAGGAUACUCCGCAGAAGAUCAUGGAAAGCCCUGGGGUGCAGAACCUUCUCUCAGGAAGGGUCCCAGGAGGAUCUGGGGAAGGCCAAACACCUGACUUUGUGAAGAAAGAGGUGCAGCGCAUCCUGGGUCACAUUCAGGCUCCGCCUCGCCCCUUCUUGCUUAGGCUGUUCAGCUGGGCGCUGCUGAGGUUCCUGAACCACCUCUUCCUGAACGUGCAGCUCCACAAGGGCCAGAUGAAGAUGGUCCACAAGGCUGCCCAGGCGGGACCACUCGUCCUUCUGUCUACUCAUAAGUCCCUACUGGAUGGAAUCCUCCUGCCCUUUGUGCUGCUCUCCCAGGGCCUGGGUGUGCUCCGUGUAGCUUGGGACCCCUGCACCUGCUCCCCUGCUCUCAGAGCUCUGCUGAGGCAUCUUGGGGGGCUUUUCCUGCCCCCAGAGGCUGAAUUGCCCUUGGACAGCUCCCAGGGAAUCCUUGCAAGGACUGUGGUCCAUGCGGUCAUGGAGCAGUUGCUGGUUAGUGAGCAGCCCCUAUUAAUCUUCCUGGAAGAGCCUCCUGGGGCCCCACGAGCCAGGCUCUCAGCCCAAGGUCAGGCCUGGCUAGGACUGGUGGUGCAUGCAAUCCAGUCAGGCAUUGUCCCAGAUGUCACAUUGGUACCAGUGGCCAUCACCUAUGACCUGGUUCCAGACGCACCAUAUGACAGGCAUCAUGCUUCCACCUCCCUAGGGCUGUGGACAGGAGCUCUGGCUGUCCUUCGGAAACUGCGCAGCUGCUGGGGCUGCAACCAUAAGGUCUGUGUCCGGGUGCAUCUUGCCCAGCCAUUCUCUCUGCAGGAAUACAUCAUCAAUGCCAGAAGCUGCUGGGUUGGCAGGCAGACCCUGGAGCACUUGCUACAACCCAUCGUGUUGGGCCAAUGUACUGUUGUCCCAGACACCGAGAAAGAGCAAGAAUGGACUCCAACAACUGGGCUUCUUUUGGCCCUCAAAGAAGAGGACCAGCUCUUGGUGAGGAGACUGAGUCGCCACGUACUGAAUGCCAGCGUGGCAAGCUCUGCCGUGAUGAGUACAGCCAUUAUGGCAACACUGCUACUCUUCAAACACUCAAAGGGUGUGCUCCUGUCACAGCUUCUGGGGGAAUUCUCCUGGCUGACUGAAGAGACACUUCUACGUGGCUUUGAUGUCGGCUUCUCUGGGCAGCUGCGGUGCCUGGCACAGCACACCUUGGGCCUACUGAGGGAGCAUGUGGUUCUGCUGCAUGUCCAUCAGGGGGACUUGGUAGUUGUGCCACGGCCAGGCCCAGGCCUCACACACUUGGCACGCCUGAGUGCCGAGCUGCUUCCUGCCUUCCUGAGCGAGGCUGUGGGUGCCUGUGCAGUGUGGGGGCUGCUGGCAGGCAGAGUGCCACCUGAGGGUCCCUGGGAGCUGCAGGGAAUAGAGCUGCUGAGCCAGAACGAACUGUACCACCAAAUCCUGCUCCUGCUGCAUCUGCUGCCACAGGACCUGCUGCUGCUGCAGCCCUGCCAGUCUUCCUACUGCUACUGUCAGGAGGUGCUGGACCGCCUCAUCCAGUGUGGGCUCCUGGUUGCUGAGGAGACCCCAGGUUCCCGGCCAGCCUGUGACACAGGGAGACGACGUUUGAGUGCAAAGCUGUUGUGGAAACCAAGUGGGGACUUUACUGACAGUGACAGUGAUGACUUCAAGGAGGCUGAGGGCCGGUACUUCAGGCUCAGACAGCAGUCUCGCUGCCCUGACUUCUUCCUCUUCCUCUGCCGCCUCCUCAACCCACUGCUUAAGGUCUUUGCUCAGGCUGCUACCUUCCUCCAUCUGGGAAAGCUACCUGAUACAGAGUCUGGCUACAUGGAGCAGCUAUUGCAAUUCUUACAGAACUCUGCCCAGGAAGAAGGGAUCUUUGAGUGUGCCGACCCAAACUUGGCCAUCAGUGCUAUCUGGACCUUCAGAGACCUAGGGGUGCUGCAGCAGAUGCCCAGCCCUGAUGGCCCCCAGCUCUACCUGUCCCCUACAUUUGCCAGCCAGGAUAAUCAGGGCAAGCUGGAACAGUUCAUCCGACAGUUCAUCUGCAGCUAGGUCCAGAAUCAGCUGGACUUAGAGUCUUGCUUUCUCCAUCCUUCAGUGUGAUAAAGAGUUCUCUUUCUCCAAGCUCUGCAG